AUGAAGCUCUCCGGAGGGUUCUCGGAGCUGCUGCCGCUGGAGGAGGGGACGGAGCCGGAUGUCAAGGCGCUGGUGGACAGGAUUCAGCCGUGGACUGAUCUCGUGUUCGAUGUUUUUGGGCCGCAGAGGGUCAUGUUUGGGUCGGAUUGGCCGGUUUGCAAUGUUGGUGGCGGAGGGAAUGCGGUUUCGUGGGGCCGGUGGAAGAGGGUCGUCGAGGAGAUCUUGGACCGCAGAGGCUUGUCCCAGGCGGAGAGAGAAGGGGUUUGGGCCGGGGUUGCUGUCAAGGCUUACGGCGUGGAGAUUUGA